UAGAGCAAUUUGCAUAAAAAAAAAACCCAACUGGUUUAUCAAAAAGAUGGAUCGGAUUCCCAUCUGGGUACUCCUCAUUUUGAUCUUUCUCAUCAGUCCAAUGGCAGUUUCAGAAGAAGGGGAAGUGAAGCAGGCACUAGUUCAAUUCAUGGAGAAUCUCUCACCAGAAAAUAACUGGGGCUGGAACUUGACCUCCGAUCCUUGUAAUGACAAAUGGGUCGGAGUGACCUGUCUUCAGAACUCUGUGUGGAGAAUAGUUCUUGAAGGUCUCAAUCUCACUGGAAUUCUGAAUGCCAGUUCUAUUUGCAUGGUAAAGUCUCUUACUGUCUUAAGCCUGAAAAAUAACCAAAUCCAUGGAUUAAUACCAGGAGAGAUAGGAAAAUGUAAGACUCUGACUGGCUUGUAUUUAAGUGGGAACAGAUUCUCGGGUGGCCUUCCUGACUCUCUCUCACAGUUGGGUAAUUUGAAGAGGCUGGAUAUAUCUGACAAUAACCUCUCUGGUGAGCUUCCUGAUCUGCCCCGGAUUUCAGGCCUUUUGACUUUCUUAGCUCAGAACAAUCAUCUGAGUGGAAAAAUACCAAAUUUUGAUUUCUACAUCUUGAAAGAGUUCAACCUCUCCAACAACAAUUUCAGCGGUCCAAUUCCUAAUCUCCAAGACCGUUUCUCUGCAGAUAUCUUUUCAGGUAAUCCUGGACUAUGUGGAAAACCCUUAUCAACUACCUGUCCACCUGAGGCUGCACCUCCACCAUCUAAAACGAAACCAAAAAAAUCUUCAUCUAAUGAUUUUCUUAUAUACUUGGGCUAUAUAAUUCUUGGUAUGCUCAUGGUCCUCUUCUUUGCCAUCAAAUUAAUCCGAAAAAACAUGACUAAAGAAGAAAAGCUAGAUGUUGCAAAGAAGGGAGUGGCAGGGGAUAGUAAUGGCAACAAGCCUAGUGAAACUUCCAAUGAGCUCAAGUUCGGCCUAAGCACAUCAGAGUAUUCAAUGACAUCUGUUGAGAGUUCAACGGCUACAUCAACCCUUGUAAUUCUCACGAAUCCAUCGAUGAGGGAACUACGAUUUGAGGACUUGCUUAGUGCUCCAGCUGAAUUGCUCGGGAGAGGAAAGCAUGGGAGCCUCUACAAAGUCAUGCUAAAUAGUGGGGAUAAUUUGGCUGUAAAGAGAAUCAACAAUUUGGAGUUAUCUGAAGAAGAUUUCCGUAGGAGGAUGCAGAAGAUAAACUUAGUGAGGCAUCCACAUGUAUUGCCACCGGUUGCAUUUUAUUGCACCAAGCAAGAGAGGCUUAUGGUCUAUGAAUAUCAGCCAAAUGGCAGUCUAUUCCAGCUUCUCCACGGGUCACAUAAUGACCAUACAUUUGACUGGGGAAGCAGGCUAAGUGUUGCAGCUAGCAUUGCUGAGGGUUUGGCAUACAUGCACAAGGAGCUGCAUCAGUAUGGGAUUUCUCAUGGGAACCUAAAAUCCACAAACAUUUUGUUUGACAGAAAUAAACAUAUGCACAUCAGUGAAUAUGGUCUAAUGGUUGUUGACAAUCAAAAGGAAUCAUUUCUUCCCCUAACCAAAGGUUUUAAGAACAACAAUCUGAGUGGAGACCGUCCAUAUAGCACCUUCAAGAUUGACGUUUUUGCCUUUGGUGUGAUUCUCCUGGAGCUGCUUACUGGGAAGCUGGUCCAGAACAACGGGUUUGAUUUAGUUACUUGGGUGCAUUCAGUAGUUAGAGAGGAAUGGACUGUAGAAGUCUUUGACAGGGCACUGCAAUCAGAAGGUGCUAGUGAAGAAAGGAUGGUGAACUUGUUGAAGAUAGCUCUGAAGUGCAUAAAUCCUUCUCCAAAUGAAAGGCCUAGCAUGGCUCAAGUUGCUGCAAUGAUUAUGACAAUAAAACAGGAAGAAGAAGUGGGAUCAGUAUCUUUUGAUGCAGGUUCUCUAAUAUUUUUGUGAGCAAAGAGUCAACUGUGAAAUUAAGCACUUGAUGUAAGAGAAUUGUCUAUUUAUCCCUAUACCGAAGUACCCAAGUUGUUCCAAGCAGAUCAGUACCAUCCAUUUACAUGGAGAAAAUCUCUCUCUAUCACAUAGAUGACGGUAUGGAUGUACUUUGUUACACACGUGUUAGGAUUGGUGCCUUAAAACCUAUUAGGAACCGGAUAUUAAUUGAAUAAAAGUUGUUUUUAUUUUGAGAUUAA